AUGUUUUGUAUUCGCAACCUUCAUGGACAGGAGACGUCGUUUGCUAAUCAAUUCUUGCCAGAAGAUGGAAGAUUCAAUUUCAUUGAGCUCUCUCAAAAGUAUGGUUAUCCCGCCGAAGAGUACAACGUUACCACCGAUGAUGGCUAUAUCCUGCGUAUAUUUCGCAUACCGGGGAAAAGGGAAGCGCGGCCGCUGCUCGUCAUGCAUGGAAUUUUAGAAUCUUCUGACACCUGGAUCAUACGUGGAAAUUCAUCGUUAGCAGUGACUUUCGCCGCGUUGGGCUACGAUUUAUGGUUCCCCAACGUGAGGGGGAAUCGGUAUUCGCGGCAGCACGUCCGUCUCAAUCCCGACCUCGAUCCGGAGUUUUGGGACUAUUCGAUCCAGGAACAUGGAUACUACGACCUUUCCGCAGCGAUUGAUUUGAUUCUGAACAAGACUGGUGCCGAAAAACUGUCGGCCAUAGCCUACUCGCAGGGAAACACGAUAUUCUACAUACUGACGUCGACGAGACCUGAAUACAACUCAAAAAUCCACUUGCUGAUCGCCCUUGCACCCGUGAGCUAUUUGAACAACGUCGGAACGCCACUAUCGACUUUGAUAAAUUUGUCACCUAUCAUCUAUCGAACGUCUUUAACGCUGGGAGUUAACGAGGUUUUCGGGGAUAAGUCGACAGUGGACACAAUUUUGAAGUUGUUUUGCCCCUUGCCGGUAAUCGGCUAUGGUGUGUGCAUAGAGGGCUUUAUUUUUCCGUUAGCGGGCAGAGAUGUAGAAGAGUUGGAGGCUUCCUUUAUUCCAAUUCUCAUUGGACAUUUCCCAACGGGGACGUCUCUAAAGAAUCUGUAUCAUUUCGGUCAAAUCGGACUGCGAAAGAGGUUUGCACAGUUCGACUAUGGUAUUGGUGAAAACCUUUUGUUGUAUAAUUCUGAAACACCUCCGCAGUACGAUUUAGAGAAAGUGAACAUUAAAGUGGCACUGUUCGUUGCGAAAAACGACGCGAUCUCAACGAUUCCAGAUGUCGAUAUUUUGAAAGACCAACUUCCGGACGUUGUUCAAUACUAUGUAAAUGAACGCGCUGAAUACAAUCACGCGGACUAUCCGUGGGCACGAAAUAAUGACAAAUUACUAUAUCCACAAAUAAAGAAAGUUUUAGAUGAGAAUCCG